AUGACGUCGUCAUUAGGCGGUUCUACAGUCACUGGCCGUUCCUCGGUCGAGGGCGACCGAUCCAACGCAAAAGGCAAGCGACCUCCAGCCCUCGCAGGCAACACCCCGCGCAUCAGCUCGAUAGACCACGCCCGCAACGACGACGUCAGCGAGCAAUCCCCCUUGCUCUCCCCUGCCUCCAACGAAAAUGAGGACGAUGGUUUUCUCGACGAUCAGGCCAUCGAGGACGAAUGGGAGGAGUUUCAGCAGACAAAGAGCGUCUGGUACCUGAUACUGUUGACAAUCAGCAUUGGAGGUCUACAAAUUGCAUGGUCGGUCGAGUUGUCAAAUGGCUCGCCGUACCUAUUAUCCCUGGGAUUGAGCAAGUCCCUGAUGGCUCUCGUUUGGAUUGCUGGCCCUCUCUCGGGAACGCUGGUCCAGCCGUACGUCGGCAUGUUGAGCGACAAAUGCAGGAUCUCAUGGGGCAAGAGGAAGCCAUUCAUGCUUGGCGGAGCGGCUGCCACAAUCUGCUCUCUCAUGAUUCUUGCCUGGACCAAGGAAAUCGUCGGUGGUUUCUUGGGUCUCUUUGGCGCUGAUCUUGAAUCCAAUGGUGUAAAGGUGUCCAUCAUCGUGGUAGCCGUUAUCUGGGUUUACAUACUGGAUUUCGCCAUCAAUACAGUCCAAGCUGCGAUCCGUGCCUUCAUCGUGGAUUGUGCACCAGCACAUCAGCAAGAGUCCGCCAAUGCAAUGGCUAGUAGAAUCACUGGCGUCGGUAACAUUGUUGGCUAUGUUGCCGGAUACGUGAAUCUUCCAGAAAUAACCUGGUGGCUCGGAAACACGCAGUUCAAAGAUCUCUGUGCCAUUGCCAGUAUUGCUCUGGGUGCGACGGUCAUCAUCAGCUGCGUCUUUGUCAAGGAGCGCGACCCACGCCUCGAAGGGCCUCCCGCUAAGAGCGAGCGACCUGGGGUGAUCUCAUUCUUCUCCACAAUCUUUACAUCCAUCAAGAGACUACCACCGCAGAUCAAGAAAGUGUGCAUUGUUCAGUUCUGCGCCUGGAUCGGCUUCUUCCCCAUGCUGUUCUACACCUCCUCCUACAUUGGUGAGAUCUACGCCGAGCCAUUCUUGGAGAAGAACCCGAAUAUGACACCGAAGGAAUUGGACAAACUGUAUGAAAAGGCAACUCAAGUCGGUACCUUUGCACUACUCAUCUUCUCCAUCACUAGCCUGGCGACCAAUGUGCUUCUGCCUUUCUUUAUCGCCCCUACGUACGAUAGCCAGCCGGUGCUCGCCACGGACGCUCCCGGAGAGGGCCCUGCGGAGUCAAUCCGAAGCUUCGGCUCAGACACGAAGUCCUGGUUGGACUAUCUCAUCAUUCCCGGCUUCACACUCCGACGUGCGUGGAUGUUCUCCCAGAUCCUGUUCACGAUCAGCAUGUUCUGCACCGUUUUCGUUCGCACUGUUCCAGCUGCUACCGCCCUCAUUGGACUGGUCGGUAUUACCUGGGCGCUGACGCUCUGGGCUCCUUGGGCAAUCAUCAGUGCGGAAAUCAGUCGACGAGAUGCUACGAUUCGUGCGCAGAGGCAGCAGCGGAUGUUUUCUCCUCACCGAGACCACUCUGGGUCCCCUGACGGGUACACUUCGGACCGGGAUCGCAAGGUCGUUGAUGAGGAGGAGGAGUCGGAUCAAGCUGGCGUGAUUCUUGGCAUUCACAACAUGGCAAUUGCAGCUCCACAAAUCAUUGCUACAUUUGCGUCGAGCAUCAUCUUCAGGAUCUUUCAGAAACCACGAGGUGUACCGGGCGAUCAUUCAAUUGCCAUAGUCCUUGCCCUUGGUGGCAUCACCGUCCUUGUUGCGGCGUUCUUUGUGCACUUAAUGAAAGAUGAUCCCACCUCUCCGGCAGACGCACUGGUUAUUGUAGAGGAGGCUGACGCUGGCGGCGUUCCAAGUCGACCUAGCACCGCUCACAGCAGGACUCGCAGUGUGGAGAACCUGCCUAGAGCUAGUUUGGAGCGGGCAACCUUGACGAGAAACAAGAGCUUCGGUGGCGCGGAAUACUAA